AACACAAGUGUGCUCUUCCGGAACCUGAUUCGAUCUGAUGGCUUCACUGUAGACUUUUUAUUUAAUCGUAAGAAGAAACCAAAAGAAGACGAAAUCAUUGAUCAUCAUGACUUGAAGUUGGAAGACUUUUUAUAUGAAGAGAUAACGGCAAACUACAGACCCGCAGUUGUUGAUCCUGGUCGAAAGACCGUAUUUACAGCAGCAAUCGGGUUAGAAACAGAAAGACACGAGAUACGACGCUGCUCAACAAAAGAAUAUUACCACAUGACGGGUAGUACUCAAAGGAAAAAUGCUAGUUGUACGAUAAAAGAUAUAGAAAUUGAUAUACCGAGUUGGAAAAUAGGCUCGCCUGAACAGUAUGAAAUAUAUACUACUUAUAUACUGCAAGAUUUAGAGACUCUGUUCUCAUUCUACGGGUCUGGUAUGGGUGAAACAAGAUUCCGUCUGUAUCAAGGGCAGCAAGCAACAGAUGAAAUGGCCAAAGAAAGGGCAAACCUAAGCGUAAUAAAAGAAAAAAGAAGAAGAAACAGAAAGAGAAAGAAGAAGAGAAGCAGAAAAAAGAAAAGAAAGAGGAAGAGAGCCACGUUCGGUAAGUCCUGUAGCGAUUAA